AUGUCGGGCUCGGCCAGGAAGGACUUCGACGUGAAGCACAUCUUGCGGCUCCGCUGGAAACUCUUCAGCCACCCUUCCUCCUCCACCUCCUCGCCGUCGCCUUCGCCCUGCGCCUCCUGCUCGUCCUCCCCGGGCGGGCCGGCGGGGGGGGGCUGCCUGCGGCCCCCAAACCCGCAGCUGCAGCCGCAGCGGGACGGAGGCGGCUUCGAGCACUGGGGUCCCAGCCAGGGGCGCCUGCUCAAGAGCCAGGACGGCAGCAGGGGCAUCUUCUGGAAGAAGCCCUCAGCAUCCUCCUCCUCCUCCUCCUGCAGCAGCAGCCCCCUCAAUGGUACCCCGGCCCAGCCCCCGCCGCCCACCAGGACCAUCUUCUACGUGGAGACCCUGGGCCGGGAGGAGGAGGGGGAGGAGGAAGAGGAGGAGGAGCCGGUGUCGGACUGCCCCCGAGAGCCACAAAAAGCCCAGGGGCCGCAGGAGGUGAGAGCGAAGCCGGCGGACCCCGGCCGGGCAACAGGUGAAGAGGGUGGACACAGGCUGUCAGCAUCCGGCCACCCUCUGACACCACAAAGUGAUAUGGACCCCAGUAAUUCUGAGGAAUUUUAUCAAGCAAUGCAUCAUGCAGAACAAACCUUCAGAAAGAUGGAAAGCUACUUGAAGCAACAGCAACUCUGUGAUGUUAUCCUGAUUGUGGGGAAUCGCAAGAUACCUGCACAUAGGCUUGUUCUCAGUUCUGUUUCUGACUACUUUGCUGCAAUGUUUACAAGUGAUGUUUGUGAAGCCAAGCAAGAAGAAAUCAAAAUGGAAGGCAUAGAUCCCAAUGCUCUCUGGGAUCUUGUUCAGUUUGCAUACACAGGCUGUUUGGAAUUGAAGGAGGACUCUAUUGAAAAUCUUUUGUCAGCCGCCUGUCUUCUUCAGCUUCCUCAAGUAGUCGAAGUAUGUUGUCAUUUUCUCGUGAAGCUUUUACAUCCAUCUAACUGUCUUGGAAUCCGAGCAUUUGCUGAUGCUCAAGGAUGCAUUGAACUUAUGAAAGUGGCUCACAGUUAUACUAUGGAAAACAUAAUCGAAGUUAUAAGAAAUCAAGAGUUCUUACUGCUUCCCGCUGAUGAACUCCAUAAGCUUCUGGCUAGUGAUGAUGUGAAUGUUCCGGAUGAAGAAACCAUCUUCGAUGCACUGAUGCUGUGGGUUAAGUAUGACAUGCAGAGGAGAUGCAGUGAUCUGAGUAUGUUGCUUGCCUUUAUAAGACUGCCUCUGCUUCCGCCACAGAUUUUGGCAGACUUAGAAAAUCACACUCUCUUUAAGGAUGACUUGGAAUGUCAAAAAUUGAUUCUGGAAGCCAUGAAGUACCAUCUCUUGCCAGAAAGAAGGACUUUAAUGCAAAGUCCCAGAACUAAACCCAGAAAGUCUACUGUUGGAAUGUUGUUUGCUGUAGGAGGAAUGGACAACAAUAAAGGUGCUACAUCUAUAGAAAAGUAUGACCUCAGAACAAAUUUAUGGAUACAAGCCGGAGUUAUGAAUGGAAGAAGGUUACAGUUUGGAGUGGCUGUCAUUGAUGAAAAGCUUUUUGUUAUUGGAGGCCGAGACGGCUUAAAGACACUGAACACUGUUGAAUGUUACAAUCCUAAAACCAAGACUUGGACUGUUUUACCUCCAAUGUCAACACAUAGACAUGGCUUAGGUGUGACUGUCCUGGAAGGACCUAUGUACGCUGUUGGAGGGCAUGAUGGCUGGAGUUAUCUGAACACAGUUGAAAGGUGGGACCCACAAAGUCAACAAUGGACUUUUGUGGCAAGUAUGUCAAUUGCCAGAAGCACAGUUGGUGUGGCAGCAUUAAAUGGCAAGUUGUACUCAGUCGGUGGUCGGGAUGGAAGUUCCUGUUUGAGUUCAAUGGAGUACUAUGACCCUCACACAAACAAGUGGAACAUGUGUGCCCCUAUGUGUAAGAGAAGAGGAGGUGUUGGAGUAGCCACCUGUGAUGGUUUUCUUUACGCGGUAGGAGGACAUGAUGCUCCUGCUUCCAAUCACUGUUCUCGGCUGUUAGACUAUGUUGAGAGAUAUGAUCCCAAAACAGAUACAUGGACAAUGGUGUCUCCACUGAGCAUGCCUAGAGAUGCUGUUGGUGUCUGUCUUCUUGGUGAUAAAUUAUAUGCAGUAGGUGGGUAUGAUGGGCAGACAUACCUGAACACUAUGGAAUCCUAUGACCCACAAACUAAUGAAUGGACUCAGAUGGCCUCAUUAAAUAUUGGAAGAGCAGGUGCCUGUGUUGUAGUCAUCAAACAAACUUGACUUGUUCUCAUUAUUUGGGAUUUUACUCGCUGGAAGUAUUAUUUUUGUAUCAGAAGAUGUGAAUAAGUUUAUUAGAAUGUGGAGUGCCAUAGAAAUUGACCCACUGGUAUCAAAGAGAAG